AGCGUGACCAGGACUUUUCACUUUCCCUCAACCUUGAAGAAAACGUUUCCCCCGCACACGUGUGCACAGCUUGUCUCCUCUAACAGCGCAUUCCUUCAGCUUCAGCAGGAAAACAACGGAAAAAAACAUGAAAUCCGAGCUUCUCUUUAUGCAACCGGCCGUUUCAGAGACGCACCGUGUCCUCCAAGAAACGCGUGUCCGCCCUCGCGCUUUACGCUCCGAUAAUCAUUAACUCAAAGUCGGUUAAUCCGUUGUGUUGUCGCUCGUUUUUGGUUUGACAAAAAGGACCGAGCCGUGCGCUUUUUACGCACGAGGUAAAAACCGAAACGAACUUGAAAACGAGUUUGGUUAGUUUGUCCAGGGACGUUUUAAAGCGCUAGAAAAUGAAAGUGACCCCGGAGAAGACGUGAGCUGCGACGUACGGUACAGCACACCUGACGCAAGGACAACAGGUUUCAGUGGGCUGUCGCUGUCGCUGUCAUCGUCGUCGUCGUCGGUCGGUCGGUCGUGUGGGUUCAUGGAUUCGGUGGAGGAAGACCGCGUGUCCGUUCACAGUAACGGGAAAACUCCUCUGGGGAUCGUGAAGACUUUGAGGACGAGCAUCAGAAAAGCCGCCGCCAAAAGUCCCCUGUCCCCGCUCCAGAAGGGGUCAAAGGUCAACGGGGACCCCACCUGUCCUCCGUCUUCUCCCAGUCCCAGUGUUGUUUCUUCUCUGAAGAAAAACGAUGUGGCCUCUGCUUCUCCAAAGACCAAAGGGCUGUCACGCUCCAACACAGAUCCGAACGUCGGCUCAAACUCGCUGCUGCAGAGAGGAGCUCAGAUCAGACGGAGUUUAUUUGGGACGAAGAAGGAGAGAAAGGAUGUGACACUGAACGAGGAGACGAAGGAGGAGACGGAGGAGGAGGCCAGAGUGGACGAAGAGGAGGAGAGAGGAGACGAAGAGCCAGAAAACGAAGAGGUGGAAGAGAUGUACACUCUACCGGAGCUGCCCCACACGCCUCUGUCAGUGAUGCAGAUCAAUAAGCUGAUAGAGAAGGAGGUUUUGGAGGAGGCCUACAUGAACCUGCUGGCUCUGCGUCUGGAGUUUCAGACUGAAUCGUCUCAGAGUGGAGCUGACGGUUCCAUGAAUCUGUCCAAAAAAGAGAAGGACUUAAACCUGCUGUACACCGAGCUCAAAGCCAAAGUCUGCACCAUCGUACGGGACUCCAACUCUCUGCCCGCCAGAAAUAAGAAGCUGCUCGAGUUCGUGUCCCGGAUCAUUCAGGAGGAGCAGCGCCGUGCGUCAGAGCCAGGAGGACUCUCCGGCAGCUGGCUGGACUCCUGGAAAUCCGCGAUCCAAGAUGGAGUCCAGACCAAAGUGGACCGGGUCCAGCUGGAGACCCGGGAGCAGAACCAGUCGUGGCUGGCCGUGCACCUGGGGAUCCUGGGUAAAGCGGUGGUGACAGACUUGGAGGGCGUGAGGAGGGAGCUGAGGUGGUCGUACCCGCGCAGUUUUAAGGUGUUUGGUGAAUAUGUGCAGAGUUAUAACAGAGUACUGGGACAGCACGUGAAGAAACUGGAGACUCAGACCACAGAAGUGAAGGACAUCCUCGCUCUGCUCUGCUGGAUCCUCAACAGAUACAAGAGUGAGGUUCUGGGCCACGUGUCUCUGGAGGGGGACAUGACAGACCAGUGCACGGACCUGGACCUGGAGCCUGGGUUCAUCUCUCAGCUCAAAGACAAAUACUGCUCCAGGGUCCAGGAGGAGCUGCGUAAAUCUUUGGAUAACGUCACAGGUUUGGAGAACACUGAGUUCUGGAGUGUGGAAAAGGAGCCAGAGACAGAAGAGGGCGCUCUCAUGUCAGACAUGCACAUGGACAUCUGGACUUUUGUGAAAGGCUUCGUGACCCAGUCCAGAACCAUCGAGCCAGAGCUGGAGCAGAGAGUGACCUGCCGCUGUCUCACUGAGCUCACACACUUCCCCAAAAGGUUUGAGUUGGACUUCAGACGUCACUGUGAUGCCCUCAAACCGAAGCCCAUCUGGUCCCAAUACAACAUCACAUACAUCAACUCCUUCAGCUCUUUACUGGAGCACAUGGAGGGCUACAGACAGACCUGUCCCUCUGAGGUGGAGACUUUGGCCAAAGAAAUAAAGGGGUUUAACAGAAGACUCCUCGAGGACCUGCAGGACCAGUUCAAGGACAGUGUGAAGAUUCCCUUGAGGAGGAUGAUGAGCAGAAAAUGGCUGACGAAUGAUGAAGACUUUAAGGAUCUGUCCAAGAGAACAGAGGAGCUGUCCCAGCACUGCUCCGUCCUGCGGGAGCCACAUGAUCAGGAGCUUGCCAGCGCCCUGCACCUCUAUGUCAGCCGCGAGUACCUGGGUCAGCUGAUGAAAAGUAAUUAUUCAUGUAAAAACCGGAAACACGAGAGAGCGGCCGAAAAGAUCAGAGCGCAGUGGAGGCAGCUACAGGAGCUCUUCAGGACUAUGGAGUCUUGUCAUGACUGGCUGUAUCCAGUAGGUGGCGCUCUGUGUGACAUCAUUGGACAGAAACAUGCGUCUGACAUCAAGAGCCACCUGGGGCCCAUAGUCCAGCACUGUCCAGACUUUGGGAGGAAGCACCUGGUGGCCGUGCUGUGGUUUCGGGGUCUGGUUCGGGGCCGAGAUCAUCGUCAGGUUCUACAAAAACUGUCCGAGCUGAAGAAGAAGGCACCAACCCCAGAUAAACAAAGACUCCUGUUCAGUGAGAUGCAAGUGACCACGAACCAGGGCUGUCUGUCCAACCUGCCCUACUCCUGCCUCAGCUUCUGCACACCACAACACUGAGACCUGCUUUAGACCCAGUUUAGUCCUGGUUUAGUCCUGGUUUAGACCUGGUUUAAUCCUGGUUUAGUUCUGGUUUAGUCCUGGUUUAGAAAUGGUUUAGUCCUGAUUUAGACUUGGUUUAGUCCUGAUGUAGUCCUGGUUUAGACUUGGUUUAGACCUGGUUUAGACUUGGUUUAGUCCUGAUUUAGACUUGGUUUAGACCUGGUUUAAUCCUGGUUUAGUCCUGGUUUAGUCCUGAUUUAGACCUGGUUUAGUCCUGGUUUAGACUUGGUUUAGACCUGGUUUAAUCCUGGUUUAAUUCUGGUUUAGUCCUGGUUUAGAAAUGGUUUAGUCCUGAUUUAGACUUGGUUUAGUCCUGAUGUAGUCCUGGUUUAGACUUGGUUUAGUCCUGAUUUAGACUUGGUUUAGACCUGGUUUAAUCCUGGUUUAGACCUGGUUUAGUCCUCAUUUAAACUUGGUUUAGUCCUGGUUUAGUCCUGAUUUAGACCUGGUUUAGUCCUGGUUUAGACUUGGUUUAGACCUGGUUUAGUCCUGAUUUAGACUUGGUUUAGACUUGGUUUAGUCCUGAUUUAGACUUGGUUUAGACCUGGUUUAGACUUGGUUUAGACCUGGUUUAGACUUGGUUUAGGCCUGAUUUAGACUUGGUUUAAUCCUGGUUUAGACUUGGUUUAGACCUGGUUUAGACUUGGUUUAGUCCUGGUUUAGAUUUGGUUUAGACCUGGUUUAGUCCUGGUUUAGUCCUCAUUUAGACUUGGUUUAGUCCUGAUUUAGUCCUGGUUUAGUCCUGGUUUAAUCCUGGUUUAGACUUUGUUUAGACCUUGUUUGGUCCUGGUUUAGACCUCAGUGAGUAGGUUGUGGGUACAAUUCCUCUGACUCCUACUUUUUGCCUUAGACUUUGUGUAAAUAUGAAAUUCCAAACACUGCUAAUAUUAGUUUUGUAAAUUCACGUGAGUGUUUUUGUGUUGUGUAAAAUAAGUCUGUGAUCCGCCUUAAACGUCUUUACUGAAAACAAAAUGAAUAAAAAUGCUGUAGACAGAACUUUUACUUUCAAACAGAAUAUAUGUUGUGUUUUUGUGAAUAAAUGUAAUAAUUAUGAAUGACUAACUCAGGGCAUUUAGGUACAAAUCCUCAUGUUCUAUUUUAUUUGGAGAAUAAAGCUAUUUUACUUUAACUUUUAA